AAUUGUAAAAAAGUAAAGAUGAGUAUUAUGUUCGCUAAUACCGGCUCUCCUACCGUUGGAGGGAGCUAUCUUCUUGAAUUUCAGGCUGGCAGGACAAUGAUUGAACCUGGUUCCACUAAAGAUGAGCGUCGAGCUGUAGCCAAACAAGAUCCUGGUUCAGUUUAUGUCAAGCACUCGCAAGAUGAUCAACUUUUGCAUCUUUGUUGGAAAAAUCGUAAAAAUAGUGCUACUGAACUUGAUUUAAUUAUCUUUCCGGGUGAAACUGAGUUUCUUCGCGUAACUGAAUGCAAAGAUGGACGUGUGUUUAUGCUUAAAUUCAAAAACAGCGAAGAACGUCAUCUUUUUUGGAUGCAAGGAGCAGACGAAGAAAAGGAUGCUGAAGUUUUGAAAAAGAUGAACGAAUUGCUGAGUAAUGCACCACCUACUCGUGCACCUGCACGUACUGAACGUACAUCUCAAUCAGGCCAUCCUGCACUUGUUAAUAUUAAUGCGGAGGAUUUGGGUGCACUUGCAAAUAUGGACCAACAACAAUUAAUGCGUCUUUUCUCUGUGGCCAAUAAUAGUGGAGGAAAUCUAAGUGACUUAAUGCCUCAAUUAUCGCAACUUGCUACGGCAGCCGCAAAUGCUGGUUAUCCAAUUGGAAACCUCUCCUCUUUAAUUUCCCAAGGUGGAACUUCUACGCCUCUCCAAUCAAGGCCCUCAAAAAUUAGUGCUGCAGCUGCUUCUACUGCUGGAAAAGUGAAUGCUCAAACUCUCAGCCAAAUUAUAGGUUCAUUACCAAGUGGAGAAGGAACUUCUGAUGGAGAUAAGAAGCGUUCUAUAAUUGAUAUGUCUACAAUAAUUACUCGAAAUAAUACUCAACAAGUCGUUGACAAAUAUAAAGAGCAAUUGGCUCCUCAUUUGCCUGAUCAAGGAGACCUUCAAAAUGUUAAUGAAGAAUUAACACAAACUGUUAGCACUCCACAAUUUCAACAAUCAGCGGAUUUUAUUGGACAGGCACUUCAAAUGGGUCAAUUGGGACAAGCUUUGGAACAUUUUCAUUUAAAUCGUCCAGUUAUUGAGGCUGCAAAUAAAGGAGAUUUGAAACAAUUUGCAGAAAAAUUAACUGCUCAGGAAGUUGACAAAUCAAUUGAGAAAGAAGCAGAUGAUGAACAAAAUAUUGCAAAUGAAUUGGUAAAAGAAGAAGAAAAUCGAAAGAAAAUUAAAGAUGAAGCUGAGAAGACUAAAGUGGAUAAGAAACCGCCACGUGAGCGUGAUGAUGAUAUGGAAUUGGAUUAAGUAAAUAUUUUUAAAUGAAGAAGGGAAAUAUAUAUUUUGAUAUGAAUAUUUCGGAGAAAUAUUUUUUGACUGUUAAAUCAGCAAAUUACUUAAUUGUGACGGAAUUUUCCUAUCUCCUCAUGCCGUGCCAGUUUGUAAAAUUUCUUUGAUUUUUGGCGACUUCAUCUUUUUUCAUUAGCUUUUUCCUUAUUUUAUCAUUGGCGUUUCUGCCCUUUACUACCCACAGUUUCAUCCUCCGAUGUUUCACACCAUUAUCCCUACAAGCGUCGAUGGUUUGAAUAAC